UGUUUAGUAUUUGUCAAUGUUAACACAGAUUUUAUUUCUAGAUUUUAUUUCUAAUAUUAUAAAAACAAUUAAUAUGUUUAAAAAAUCAUAUAAAAAUAUAUUGUUUAAUGAUACAAUAAUAAUAUUACAUAUAUAAUAUUAUUAGUUAGAUAAUUAUUAACUAUUAUAAAAUACAGAAAAUAACAAAAUAUUAUUGAUUUUGAAUUUAUUUUAAUUUUGAAUUGUCAAUUUUUCUUAAUAAUAAUUAAUAUGCUAAUAAUUAGUAGCCUAAUGAAAUAUAUUUUAUCUUAAUCAAUAUGUACCACAAAUUUUCAAAUACCGGAUAUAAUCUUUCGAGAUAUCGAUAUCUACAAUUUCUCAUCAAUAAGAAUCAUAUGAUUAUUAAGGGUGUAGCAAAUUACAAGUCCUGAUAGACAUUUUUUUAGGUUACUUUAUAUAAACGAUAAUAAAAGAUAACUUUGCAAAAAAUGAAGAUAUGUGGACCUAAAUAUGCCCUAUGUGGCCUGAUAUUGUCUGUUUGGGGUAUAUUUCAACUGCUCCUGAUGGGAAUAUUUUUUUAUACUAAAAGUGUAGCUUUAAUAGAAGAUGUUCCAUUUGAAGCAAAUAUCAAAGACACUACGGAAUUUUAUGGUGCUGCAGAUAGAGGUUACAAACAAAAUGCAUAUAAUUGUUGGAUUGCAGCUUGUAUCUAUCUUCUUACAUUAUUACUUUCUGGACAUCAAUUUUAUAUAAAUUCAAGAUCAUCUUUAAGUGUUUAAAUCAUAUAAUAAAAUAAAUGAAAACAAUAUAUUUAAGUGUAUAAUAUAAUGUAUUAUAAAUAAAAUCAUACUUAGGAAUAUGCUAAAUAUAAAUUUCAAGAAUAGAUUUUUUGAAUUGCAUUAUACUUUUAAGUUAAACAGAAAGUUAAUCAGUUGUUAUUUAAAAUAUAUUUAUUAUAUUAAAAAAACUGUUAAACAUAAAUAUAAGAAAAUAUAUUAAUAUUAUUGUUGAACUUA